AUUUGGUUGGGAAGACUAGAGACUAGAGACUAGAGUAUUGCAACAAAAGUUGAAGACGAGAAGAAGAGUAUGCAUUAUUAUUAAGCAAUUUUGUCUAUUGUAAUCAUACGACAGUUGUUCUAACUCUAACCCAGAAAGAAAACAAAGACGCCCAGAAAAGAGACCAUGUCUGGCUUGGGCAAGGAAAAUGCAAGACGACGAAGAGGGAGGGAUAUGUCGGUGAAUAUAAAAUAUGAGCAGGACAAAACAGGGCAUGUCAAAUGGACUUGAGCGCGGCUUUUGUGAGAUGGUUUGGUUGGGUUGGGAUGUGUAGUAGAGUUUUUGAGUGCUUUCUUCUGACAAUAUUCUCUUUUCUCUGUCUUCUUCACUGUUUCCAUUGGGUCCCGUGCACUCUUCUCUCCUUUUCUAUCUUCAAUAACUUAGACAUUUAAUUGCUUUUUAUUUCUUAAUACUUGAAAUCUAAUUCCAUUAGCGCCUGCAUUAGUGAAUUUUACGACCAACUCGACCUCCCCUUCAUUUUUAAAAUGGUACCCUAAUUAAAACAUGCCUCUUCAUUGCCUAUUGUUAACCACAGGCACUCUUCUAACAUAACCUAUGAAUAACAAUUACGGCUUCGAAAUAAGUUAAUGCAAGUGCUCACAUUUAUAUGGUUUUCCUGUUCCCAAUAUAUCACCUGUCUCUCUUUUGGUCUUUUUUUACUACUCACUCAAUGCCACUGCCCUUUCCUUUUCCUCUUCCUAUCCCUCUCCCUCCCCCUCCCUGUUUUUAAUCAUAAACGUUUCUGCUUUCUCUUUCUAGGGUUUCAUUGCUCACAGUAAUAGUAUGCCUUCUUUUUCUUCAUAUUUGCUCCCGCUUCUUGCUCUGAUUUCCUUCGUUUUCAGGUUUCUGUUUUGGAGCUCUGCUUUACAUGGGUUUUUGUUUUCUUAUUUUUUUUUGAGCUUUUUGCCUCAUUGGCGUAAUGCUGCUUAAAUAUGCUGUUUCAAGCUUUCAAAUGGAUUUAAGAUUGGUCCCCUUUUAUGAUUUUGGGGGAAAAAUAAGAAAGAGACUCUUCCUGAAUCUGGACCAUCGUAUUAUUUCUACAAAGUCUUCUCUGUGUUCUGUGAUUUUUGAUCCUGAAGUGUGAUUUUAGAAGAAAGACUAUCUUUUGAGGUUUGAAGAUGGAUUUCUUUAAAGCGAAGAAGUUCAGAAAAGCCCAAAAACCAGAACCAGAGAAGAAUUUAGAGGACAAGCCCGGGCCACAGCCAGAGGAACCAAAGUAUGAGAAUGUAGGCAGUGUUGGUGAUAAUGUUGGUAACAAAUCCGCUAAUGCUGAUCCUGGAUCUGAAACUGAGGACGAUGAUGAUGAUUUUAUAACAAAUGAGGUAAAAAGGAGGUUGAAAGAGCUAAGAAGGAACAGUUUUAUGGUACUAAUACCUGAAGAAGAGUCAUGCCCUGAAGAAGAGGAAGAUGAGGAGGAGGGUCAAGGAGAGACGAGCUCUAGUGAGUGGAGGGAUGUUGAAGCAGAAGGAAGGAAAUGGUGGAGUGGGUUUGAUGCCGUAUAUGAUAAGUACUGUGAACGGAUGCUAUUCUUUGAUCGGAUGAUGGUGCAGCAGCUCAAUGAAAAUGGCUGCCCUACUCCCUUAACUCCGUCACCAAAGUCUGCAUCAAAGAAGCUAACAUCCCCCUUCCGUUGCCUUUCUUUGAAAAGGAUUGAAGAACCUGAAGAUGAAAUGGAGCAUCUGCAGCAAUCACAGAAUGACCCAUAUCAAGAUCUUGAAAAGGCAUAUGUGGCUCAAGUUUGCUUAACUUGGGAGGCACUCCACUGCCAAUAUACUCAACUGAGUCAGAAAAUCUUAUGCCAACCUGAAAGCUCAACAUGUUACAACCACAGUGCUCAACAUUUUCAGCAAUUCCAAGUUUUAUUGCAAAGAUUUAUUGAAAAUGAGCCCUUUCAGGAAGGUCUUAGAGCAGAAAUAUAUGCCCGUGCUAGGAAUCUAUUACCCAGGCUGCUCCAGGCCCCGAAUGGAAAAGGUUCAGAUCAGAAACAGAUGGGGGAAUUGGAGUCUGAUUUAGUGGUUCUUGCCCCUGAUUUUAUAAAAAUUAUGGAAAGCGUAAUCCUUACUUUCCACCUAUUCCUGAAGACGGAUAAGAAGAAACCAAGUGGUGUUCUGAACUUGUUUGGAAAUCAGAAUCAAAUUGCAACCCCUCUUCAACUGAUUCAGUCUUCACUUGAGAAGAAAAGGAUGAAGCUGAAGGAACUGUGUAAAAAGAGUAAAGGCUGGAAGAAGAAAUCAUGGCCUCAGAUGUACGAGGAUGUUGAAGUGUUGUUUGGUGUGAUUGAUGUGAAAAUCUUAACGAGGGUUCUAAGGAUGGUGAGGAUCAGUAAAGAACAGUUAAUGUGGUGUGAAGAAAAGAUGAAAAAGCUAGAUCUAUCGGAUGGGAAGUUACAGAGAGAUCCCUCUCCCAUUCUGUUCCCUUGUUAAUGGGAACAAAGAUCUUAUCUUGGUAAAUUAAAGUGCAAGAAAGAGUAAUCUAUCAAAGUUUUGUUCUAGUCAACAGCGAUACUACCGAUGGAUCGGCACAUGCAAAGGACAUAGAUGUUCUGUUUGUACUGUUUGUUUUGUUUUUGUUUUUUUUUUUUUGGUGGGGAGGGGGGCUGGCGGUCUUAAACCUGAGCAGAAAGGGAAAUCUGCAGUCUGUCUGUCUUUGAUUAAAUGAAAUGGCUUAAAACUUGUUAGCA